AUAAAAAACCUGUCUGGCUGCUUUUGUGUUGAACAUUGGAAAACAUUGGACUUGCAAAUCACAGGUGGCAGAGACACACGGGAGCUGAUGAGUACACAGCACUGACCAACAGGGAUAGCAAAAAUGCUGAAAAGACUUUUUAAUAUCCUGACCCUUUUAAUUGUGCUUGGGCUGGUGUGUUUUACUCUGCUUCUACUCCACAGCCAUAACUGCACUCUAACUUUUCCGACUCAGCCACGUAGUGUGGCAAAUGGAAAUGACACCCUUUCUCAGAUGACAACAAAACACGAGAAACAGCUGAGGGGGAAAAUGGAGACAACUGAAACCAGCCAAAAGAUGGUGGCUCCUACGAAAAAGACUUUAGGAUCCUGUCCUGACAUCCCUCCAAACCUUGUUGGUCCUCUGCAUGUCGAGUUUGACUCAACCCGGACUAUUGAUGAGGUGAGAGAGGGUCUCAGCUCUCGUCUUCAGGAGGGAGGACGAUACAAGCCACCAGAUUGCAUCUCACAACAUAAGGUGGCGAUCAUCAUCGCGUUCCGAAAUCGGCAUGAGCACCUGAAGCACUGGCUGUAUUACCUCCAUCCUAUAUUGAUACGACAGCAGUUGGACUAUGGUGUGUAUGUCAUCAAUCAGGACGGUGAGGGCGUCUUCAACCGGGCUAAACUGAUGAACGCAGGCUAUGUCGAAGCACUGAAGCAAUACGAUUAUGAGUGCUUUGUCUUCUCGGACAUUGACCUGGUUCCUAUGGAUGACCGCAACCUCUAUAGAUGUUUUGACAAUCCACGACAUUUGGCCGUGGCUAUGGACAAAUUUAACUUCCAGCUACCUUAUAACCAAUACUUUGGUGGGGUUUCGUCAUUGUCCAAAAGCCAGUUCCUGAAGAUCAACGGCUUCCCGAACACUUACUGGGGCUGGGGAGGUGAGGACGACGACAUCUAUAAGCGAGUAAUCUUCCGUGGGAUGUCCAUUUCUCGACCUGACAUGGUGAUGGGAAAGUACAAGAUGAUCAAACACGUGAGAGACAAGCACAAUGAGCCUAAUCCCGAGAAUCCGCAUAAACUGAGCAAAACCCAGUGGACCAUGGAUAAAGAUGGGAUUAAUACCCUAAAAUACACAGUCAAGGAGAUUGUGAAGGAUAGACUGUACACUUUUAUCAAUGUGGACAUUGACGCCCCGCCAAGCUGAAGGAGGAUGUGGAUCUGGGACUGCUGUUUACAGUAGACUCAUUGGUGUUUCAGUGUUGAUCUCAACCAACUCUGUCUUGGGGCGUGUGCCAGAUUAUCAAUGCAAGCAUGUGCAUAAAUGUGUGUGCGUGCACGUGUGUGUGUGGGUGGGUGUGAGCGAGUGACAUAAAGUCAAUGUAAACGUCAUGAAGUACAAAGAUUCUUGCCAGUUGGCGCAAUCCUCAAAAGUAUAUCACUGUGUGAAAUUCACUCUGUUUAGUGCCUUCACAUAGUUCUAAUGUACAACCAGCUUUCUGCUGACUUUUAUUUUCUGCUCAUGUCUUUUUUAAACCUUUUCUAUUCUAGCAUACUUCCCUAUUUCUACUUGUUUUAAUGCUCAGUUUCUUGACAUCUUCUCACUUGUUUUUUUAAAUGUAUUUUUAAAUGCAAUUGUUAAUUUCUUUUAAUGUUAUUUGUGUGCCCCUGUAGAGCACUUUGAGUUGCCUUUUGUCUGAAUUGCGCUAUACAAAUGUCCUGCGAUGAGCUGGCAACUCAUCCAUGGUGUACCCUGGCCUAUGCCCAUUGUGUGAACUGGAUUUGGCCCCAGUCAGCCCCACAGCCCCUUAGGGGGAAACGGCAACAUCCCGCGACCCUCACGGAUGAGCGGAAAGACAACGAAAUGAAAAACGAAAUGAAUUUGCUUGGCCCUGCCUUUCCUCACAGAAAUGGAAAGGCUGGUAAUGGUAAGUGGUGGUUUUGAAACACCACAUCAAAGGCAGUUUGACAAGGGUUGCAUCUAGUACACUUUUAUGAAUGGCAAUUGCAGAUAUUACAUAAGUUUGGCCAAUGAGGUGGUGAAGGGGUUUCACAUUUUUUCUUUCUAAGUUAUACAAUAGUUAGUUUUUUUUGUACUUGACAUUAGUGUUACUGCAUUUGCUCAUUGUGCAUAUGGAGCACACUGGAAACAAUGAGAAACAUAUAGUUAGACUUUUGUGUUGAAACCUUUUCAUGCAAUGUCGUAAUGGCAGCCAUUUUCCUCUUGAUGUCAUGGUAUGAAGCUCAAAUGCUGGGACCAGGUUAUGCUGCUGUGUUACUGUGCUGGGUUGCAAGUUGAGAAAACGUAGGGAAUGUUUACCGCCUCCAAAUCUAUCGGCAGCUGAAAAGACAGUGGAUUGUGAAUUUCAACCAGUUUUUACUUUUCCUACACCUAAGCACGUACUUUAUGUGCCUUAACCUAAUCAAACCAUAACCGUUUGUGACGCAUGUAAAGUAAGGAAAUGCAACACAGCACUAUUACAGUAAAUAUUAUGCAUCAUAGCUAAACGGGGAGAAGUUGGGAAAGAGAUGUUUGAAAAUCUGGAGGGACAUCAGGCAAUAUUUCAUGGAACAACAACAUGGUUUUGUAACCAUUUCGCGUCCAAUCAACAAAAGUCAACAUUGGCAUCCAACCGCUGCCUCGCUGACAUUAACAUUUGAUUCCAUUCAGUGUGUUUCACCUCCAGGCUUAAACAAAUGUAGGGCUUGCAGCCCGGAACACAGAAGGACAACGUUUGAGCUUCACACCCUGAGUGUCAUGGCCGCCAUAUGAAUAUGGUCUAUAAGCUCUACACAACUAUUUUUUUUUGCCCUUUUUUUGAGGUUGUGGGUUAAUAAUGACAAAGGUAAACAAAUAAUUUUGGUGGCAAUGACACGCUGCUUAAUGUGUCUUGUUUUUCUUCUUUCUGAUGGUUGGGUUUACUGUUAUUUGUGGCCUUUUGCAAUGAAGAUGUAUUUUACACAAUCCAAACCCAUGUGAUGACUGUACCUACUCUUUGUUAUCUGUAUUAAUGUGUGGUUUGGUCAUUAUUGUAAUGGUCCAUGAACUGAGCCUGUAACCAUUCAAAAUAAAAUAAGUCAA